GGGGGCAGCGUCGACCGAGAACCGAGUCCUGGUCACAGGCGAAGGAGGGGAGAUCGCUGCUGCGUCCUUGCGAGGGCGCCGGGAGGGAUCCCUCUGAUGAUCUGACGGGUCUUUGAGGGAGCCCGGCAGCAGGGCACCAAGGGGGCCGGCUGCAUAGAUGCCCAACUGACACCCCGUGAGCUCUUCGGCUUCGUGGGAUGGAUCCUUCCCGCGGCUCGGACAUGGAUGGAGGGGGCGGCCGCGGCGAGGCGGAUGAGCUGGCCAACGCCGCUGCGCGGGGGGACGUGGAGACCGUGAGGAGGCUGCUGGAUGGCGGGGCGGACCCCAACGCGGUGAAUCGCUUCGGCAGGGCCCCGAUCCAGGUUAUGAUGAUGGGGAACCCCGGGGUAGCUCAGCUGCUGCUGCAAAGAGGAGCGGGUCCCAACCGGCCCGACCCGUCCACGGGCACGUUCCCGGUCCACGACGCGGCCCGCGGGGGCUUCCUGGACACGCUGCGGGUGCUGCGCGGAGGGAGCGCUCGCUUCGACGUGCGGGACCGCUGGGGACGCCGCCCGCUGGACUUGGCUGAAGAAAGUGGCCAGAGCCGGGUGGUCAGUUACCUCCAGGAGGCAUCGGGCUGAAACUCUCUUGACCUGAGAUCCGGGAUGAAGUCAGAGGACCAAGCGGAGAGCACACACACACCCCCAGGAGAAUCGCGGGUGCGUAAGCUUGAGGCGCUUUGGCUUGGCUCUUGAACCCCACCCGUCAGAGACAAGCGAGGUGGAGCUGCGGGGAGCUACAGUUGGGCGCCAGCAUAAACUCUACGAUCCUGCUUCGUUUGAAAUGUGGCUUGUUAGAUGUUUACAUGCUUCCACUAAGCAUGGAGAAUGGGUACGUCGGUUCAUGGGACAGUGUCUCCUGGUCUCUUUCUCCCACCCAUGCCAGUCUUCCAUGUACAAUGAUGUUCUAAAAGGAAACUGAGGCAACAGUCCAGGGGUUGGGGAUUUGUGGCACCUCAGAUUUUGCGGGAUGAACAACUCCCAUU